GCUUGUUGGUUAGCGGUAACCCAUCAGGCGAACAGGGCUGUGACCUGAAAGCUCGAGUUUCCGAGGAUGAAACAAAGCCCUCCUUCUAUCAAAGACGGUGUCCGGCAGCAAAGAAGUUGAAAAUAAACCUGCUGGGGUGGAAACUGCACACGUGUGUGUUAUGAAGGAGUAGCGGUGUCACACGGCUUUGUUGUUGACAAAGAGUCGCGGUCACGCUGUAACGCUAACGUUAGAUAAGUUUGCUCCACAGUUAACCAAUCUCUUUGCUCGGAGCUGCCGACAACAAGACUCCAGGAUGCCAAAGGAGACAGACAGAUUCGAGGGUGGAGCAGACAAGGAGUCGAAGGAUGCAAGUACACAGGAUGCUUCCGAGGAGACUGUCAGAAAGAGGGUUCGGGCAAAUACUCCGAGCCCUCAUAGAGGGAGCACUCCACAAGCCAGUCCACCUCAGUUUGUCUCUAUGGAGGAGUUAAUGGAGACUGCUAAAGGAGUCACUAACAUGGCUUUGGCUCAUGAAAUAAUGGUCAACCAGGCCUUUCAGGUUAAACCCACGGAGCUUCCUGAAGGAAGUUUGGAGCGCAAGGUGAAAGAGAUAAUGCACAAGGCAUUCUGGGAUUGCUUGGAAGCUCAGCUGAAGGAGGAUCCGCCAUCAUACGGACACGCUAUAAAACUUCUGGCAGAGAUUAAAGAGUCGCUGCUGUCUUUCCUGCUGCCGGGUCACGGUCGCCUUCGCUCCCGUAUUGAGGAGGUUCUAGAUCUGCCUCUAAUCCAGCAGCAGGCUGAAAACGGAGCUCUCGACAUCGGCCGGCUGUCCCUGUUUAUUGUUGGGAUGAUGGGCUCUCUGUGCGCCCCCUGCAGAGAUGAAGACAUCAAUAAGCUGAAGGAUAUCACUGAAAUUGUGCCUCUGCUGAAGGCCAUAUUUUCUGUGCUGGACCUGAUGAAGGUGGACAUGGCCAACUUUGCCCUGAGCAGCAUCAGGCCUCAUCUCAUGCAGCAGUCGGUUGAGUAUGAGAGGAACAAGUUCCAGGAGUUUUUGGAGAAACAACCAAAUGCCUUAGAUUACACUGAAAAAUGGCUUGAAGAAACAGUGAAAUUCCUGAGAGAAGCUGAGUCAGGUGGUUGUAGCGCGGCCUCACAAGACUCCCCCACGCUCGUCCCCCUGAAUGUCCAUAAUCAUGCAUAUCUUCGCCUGCUCAGGUGGGAUCACGCUUCGGACCCCUUCCCAGAGACAGUGUUAAUGGAUCAGAUUCGUUUCCAGGAGAUGCAGCAGGAGGCCGAGCGAUUAAUCCUGCUUUCCUCUGUGCUCCUCAUCGUCUACACCACUGCUGGAGAGGCCAUCUCAGGCCUGCCAGGACUGAUGGAGACCCUUAAAAACACUGUCAAUGCCAUGCUAGCAGAUAUGCACACACUAUCUUUCAGUGCACAGGAGGCCUUAGCAACCAUUGGUGAGAAACUGUGUGUGGAGCUGAGUCACUGUUUAAGCCAGCAUGGCUACUCCCCAUUCACUGCUGACCGAAGGAGCACUUUGAAGGGGCAAAUUUCAGCUCUCACCCAGCCUGACAACACAGUCCGUAAGCUAAUGGACUCUCGGGUUCAGAGCUACCUUCUAGCUGCCCUGGAGUCCAGUCAACACAAGACCCCUCCACCUCUCCCAGGAGGUCUUACUCCAGUCAGCAGGGAGCUAAAAGAGCUCACUGUUCGCUUCAGCCGCCUCGUCAACUUCAACAAGCUGGUCUUCUCCCCAUUCUACCAAAAGAUCCUCCAGAAAAUACUGACAUCAGGGGAGAGUCCCAGCACAGAGACAUAAACACCAUGAUGUGGUGUAAGAGUAGCGAAGAGAGUGGCCUGUAGUUCUGCUAUUUCCCUUCCACUUGUAACGGUUUGGAUGUAGAGAAAAGUCGAGGAAGCUGAUCUGAAAUUGUUUUGGAAAUCAGUUCUGCAGAAUCUGCACCUUAAACUAGCUUAUUUAAAAUGCUACCAUUGCAGUUAUAUUUAAUCACAGUGUUGUUUAUCUGGUGACAUAUCAGACCUCAUAAAUGUUACCUCUACUGUAGCCAUCAUUGCAUAAAUGUGUUUUUAGUUUUGGUAGAAUUGAUUAAUGACUGAAGAGUAUGUAAGGUUACCAUAGCCUGCAGAGUAUUUACAGACAUCAUAGAACCGAGUACAGUAUCAAAAUCUGAUUAUCUAAUCAAAAAUUAAGUGAAACAGAUCAAUUUAAAGUAUAUUCAGUAUCUCUGAGAUAGAAGUCAUUCACCCACAGUGAUGUUGGUUCGGCUUUUAGAGCCAAAGCAGGAAGUGGACUCUAUAACUCUGACAGGUUCCAGUGGUCUCUCAACUAUUUGAGAGCUGGCAGAUUCACGUAAAGAAAUUAGUCUCAAAAUGGAUCACAUAUGGGUUUCACAUCAUUCACAAAUGAUUUCUGUGUCAUUUUGGUUCCUCACAAUCCCAUGUUAGUCAACACAAAUACCCAGCAAUUUAAAGGCCCACAGAAAAGCUUUACUAAUUCAAACAUCCAAAAUAGAAUAAAGAGUAAUAUUUAACAUUUAGAUCUUAAAAUGUGUAAGCAGGGCCUGAUAUGCACCUAUCAGGUUCAACGUGCAACUGCAUUUGCAUUUGACUCCAAACACUGGUAGUUUAGAGUCUGGUAGAAGAGUGGGUCAUCUGAGUAUAGCAAAUGUAUUAAUUAUUUCAUAGGAAAGAGGUUUCUCUGAUGGCAGAAUAGCUCUUUUCUAUUAUGCAUUAAACACAUAUACAUUCAUGUGUAUUUUUAAACCAUAAAAAUGCAAAUAUAGAUACUGUAGGUGUAAAUUUAUUAUGUUGCAGAACAUUGGUGUGAAUUGCUGUUAUUGUUAGGACAGAGCACCAAAAUAUCAGACACAAUCUGAUGCAAAAAUACAAUUAUUUUUAACACUAUGAAUAUACUACUACUGCUACAGUCAUUUAGCAGAUGCUUGUCUUCAAAGUGACUUACAUCUGAGAGUAAGAACAACAGAAGCAAGAAAUCAAACAGGAGGGGACAUCAUAAUUAAGUGGU